GGCCCUUUGCUGUGCUUUCAGCAAUUUGAGACAAGUGCUAGAGUUUCAGUCAGGGAAAUGUGCCGCGCUAAUAUUAGAUUCCCGCUGAGCGGAGCGACCUUAGAUUUGCGUCCCCUUUUAAUGCAUGUUGUCCCGCUACGAGAGAGAUGGAGCGAGAUAAAAAAAAAAUACAGAUAGCUCCUUAAGAUGAUUUUGACUGACACUUCACUGUUUCUUGUCUUUUUUCAGACCUGCAUGGAGCGCUGAGAAGUGCGAGCUGUCCAAAGUGCAAAGGAACAGUGUGAUCAGAGAAACACAGGGAGGAGAGCAACACCUCAACACGCAAGAGCUUUCCUACAGCUCAGGGAAGGUUAUGGAGGAUCGGAGUACAUCUGAGGCACAACAGGAAGUCAUCCAGCAUGAAGAUUGUAACAGCACCGCCCCACAAUCCAACCAGAGUGAACAGCAGCAUGACCCCCUCCUCCUCCUCCUCCUCGGCUGUGACGGACAGCUCCUCCUCUCCAGCCUGUGAGGAUGCAGGAGCAGAAGAAGAGAGUGUAAGCAUGGAAGCUUCCCACAGGGAUGCAACACCAAUGGACACUGCUCUACCAGGCAACAUGGAGGCCAAGCCCGUGACGGAGGAAACGGGGGACACUGUGGAUACGGGGCAGGAUAUGGUGGAGUCCGUCCAACACACUAAGCAGGAAGAUGGAGGGGAGGAAGAGGAGGCUUUGAUGCUGGAGGAAGGAGGAGCAGAUCAGCUGCCUCUGGAGCGGGAAACUCCUGAGAAAACUGCAGAGUUGGAUCUAGAGGAGAAUGGGAACGGGGUGGAGUCGCUUGAUAUUAUGAAUGUGUCCAUGCUGGAUGACUUGGCCAAACGCAUACAGGUGGAAGAGAUCACUCCAGCUGCUGGUCUUGUGUCGAUCUUGAAGAGAAGAGCCUCUCUGGAAGGAGCCACCAGCUCUGUCCCUGCCGCCCCUAAACCCAUUUCGAAGCGUAAAGUCCGUUUCCGAGAGCCUGACGAGGGCCUGGACCACGAUGAGGUGGGCGGAGACUCCUGGCUGCUCCUCCUUUUGUUGUGCUUGGCUACCGUGGUGAUCAGUGUGGGCGGGACUGCGCUCUACUGCACUUUCGGAGACGCCCAAUCCAGUGUGUGCACAGACUUUUUCCAUAACAUGGAUUUCUACAUCGGACGAGUGCAGAGAGGCAUGGAUGAGCUCAAACACUGGCUGUCCCCGAGCUCAUAGCAGGACGGGGCGACUCGUUUCUUCUUCUCUGUAGCCUCCGUGAUCUUUAAUGCUGAGAUAUCCUGGUACGUAGGCCUUUGCUGGGUCACGCUGUCACGGAUGAAGCCCAAUCGAGGCGAUGUCCGGCCCCUGGAAGGCACAGGAAACCACUUUGGCCAGUUUUUGACUCAAGUAGCCCACUGUUUACUGCCAUCAACUGAACCUCAUGUUAAAAGACUUCAUUUCUAGUGUCUUAAAUCAAAACCUUAACACUUGGUUGACAGAGUUUUGUCUUUUAUUCAUUGGAAAAGUGAAUGACCAUCAUGGUACUUAAGAUAUAAUAAUGGACAUAAUCAUCUGUAGCCUGGACGUAGCAUUUUCCUGUGAUGGGCUUGAAUGGACUUAUGGAAAGAUGUUUUUAGGUACAGGAAAGCAAUACAUGUAUAUUGAGGAAUUACAGAUAUAGAUAUAGUUAUAGAUAGAUAUAAAGUCAGCAAAGAGGCAAAUCUCGGUUAUCAUAGUUACUCAAUUAUUAAUCAAGGGGGGGAAAUAAUUUUCCAGUAGAUUCUACAAUAUUUUGAUCAUUAAUAAAAAGUUAAAUCACUGAAGAUGAUCAAUAUAUUUUAUUUCAAACAGUUGAGCCGGUCAUAUACCAUCCAUCAAACUGAAUUUCCUUUGUAUGUUUUAAUUAUUAUUAUUUUAUGUAAUUAUUAUUACUGAAUGAUUUGUAUUUAUGCGUAAUUUAUUCGGUGUGCUGGUUGAAAUAAAUUAUGAUAAAAU